AGCAGAAGAAGAAAGAUCAAGUUUUUGUACACAGAGCUGCUGGUUUACAGGAAACUGCUGGCUUUCUGUCACCAUAAAUCCAGAACCAACAUGUGUGGAUCUUUUUAAUCAACAUGUUUUCUCCUUCCGCUUCCUUUGUGAAGUCUGUGGUUUAUAGCGGACGCAGACUGAUCCAGAGAAGAUGCUUUUCUUCACACAGAAACGGUAAAAUGCCGUGCUCAGAAGUGACCGACGCGACCGUAGUGUCUCCUGUGAAGAAGAGCAGGACUGAGGAAAUUGAUGAAAAGCGCGGUAACAUUGUGCUAAAGUUCGCUAAACUGUCCGAACACGCCACCGCACCGACCAGAGGUUCUGCUAAAGCGGCCGGAUACGACCUGUACAGUGCAUAUGAUUACUCCAUUCCUCCGAUGGACAAGGCCAUAGUGAAGACUGACCUCCAGAUCGCCGUUCCUGCAGGAUGUUACGGCCGAGUGGCUCCUCGCUCUGGUCUGGCGGCGAAGCACUUUAUUGAUGUUGGAGCCGGUGUGGUGGAUGAAGACUACAGAGGAAACCUUGGCGUUGUGCUGUUCAACUUCGGCAAGGAGACGUUCGAAGUGAAAAAAGGAGACCGAGUGGCUCAGCUAGUGUGUGAGCGAAUCUGCUAUCCUGACCUACAGGAACUUAAGACGCUGGACGAGACGGAGAGGGGUGCUGGGGGAUUUGGCUCAACGGGGAGGAGCUGAAGCUGCUGCUGCUUUUUUUUUUUUUUUUUAAAUAAAUUUAAACUUGAUUAAAUCUUUAAAAAAAGAAGCAAAUACUAAGUCUGAGGGAUGACUUGAGUUCAAUGUGGUUGUGUCUUAAAUAUGUAAAUUCUGAUGGGGGGGGUCUCCUCCCUGAGACAAUAUGAGGAAGAAUCCUUGAGUGGUGCAAGACUUGAAAGGGAACCCAUGUUCAUGUGGGUGACAGUGGAUAGUGUAAUUAUAAAUAAAUGCACCCCUUCUGUAACUGCUACAUGGUCAAGUAGUGUGACUGUAUAACCAGGAACUUAGGAAUGAACAUAAGAGUUAUUUCUGAGUUCAUUAUAGCUGUAAGUCUCUUGUGUUGUGUAAGUACUGGUCUGCUCAUUGAUGGAGAAUUGUGUGUAAACUGUUAAGGACUUGCAGUCAUAAAUUUUAUUUAAAGAAGAUCCUCCACAGCCAACUUCAUAGUUUUUCUGGUACCAUCCUCAGUAAUCUCAUGGUGAUCUUUAGACUGUCCAUGUGGGUCAUCCUCACCAACAGUGAGUGAUUUUAUAUAAACAUGGUUGACGGUGUUUAUGAAUAAGGUACAAGAAAUAUGGUGAUUACAGGUGGCAGUCUUUCAUCAUUGUACUGUACACUGAAUGCUUUCACUGAGAGCUGUGACUUUUCUAUUUCGUAAUUACUAUAUUCAUGACAUGAAGGCACACUGAAGUGGUGGAGUUAGUUCCACCACCCUGAAGUGGAUUUUCCUAUAACAGCAUAGCCUUGAGUGUGUUACUAUAGAAAUGAUAAUGUAUUAGAAUGAGCACAUUAAAUGUAUACCUGUGACUUGCAGCUGUGCUACUGUCAGAGCUGCAAUUAUAGAAAACUAAUCAACACCUCCUGACCAAUCACAAGCCAGAAUGCAGCAGCUCUACAGUUAGAAAGAAAGUACUGACUCCGGUGCCCUGUUCAAACCAAAACGUUCUUUUAUUGUGAAUUUACACCUAAACUCCUCAUGAUGUGAACACUGAAUGAUGGUGGUGUCUCGUUGAAGGCACUGACUAUAUUGCGAGUGCGUGUUUUCGGCCUGGACGGCCUCAGUGCAGUAGUCUCUUUCUUUUUCUUCCUCUGAAAGGUGAAAUGUACAGUUACAGAAUCGGAAUAAAAAAAGUAGUUGGUCUUUAUAAUGAGCACCAUUGUGAGCCCUUCAGUCCAGGGCACUAUACAUGUGUUUAUAAAAGAUCCCCAGGUUAAACGCGGCAUGGUUACAGUAAUACACACACGUCCUGCACAGAGUAGCGAAAGGCAUUAAGUGGCAUCAGUUUGCAGUGCAUUCAUAAAUCUAAUGUUGACGUGUUAUUAGCACCAGUAAAUACGAUUAAAACACUGAGCUAAGAUAGACAGCGCAGAAAAGAAAGAAGCAGAGUCCUUUAUAACCACAAUGGAACCAAAAAAAAUAAAAUAA